AUGGCACGGUUGUUACACGACGAUCAGAUUGAGGGAUUCCUAAGUGGCUCCGGGGAUGAGGGUAGUGAUGAUGAAGAGCAGCAGGACAUGCCUUUUCCAGGCCAAGAAACUAGUAUUCUUUCCCCAUCUGAGUCUCAGUCUUCGAGUAGCAGCGAUGAAGACAUGCCACUGUCAAAUUUGCGAUGGAAGAAGAAGAAAUUUCAUGAAAAAUUUGGGAUGGGACCUGCUGUCGUUUUACGACUAGCCAGCACCCUACCAGAAGGAAGUUUUCUUUACUUUGAUAGAUACUUCUCAUCUUUGCCAUUGAUGCAGGAGCUCCAGAAAAGAAAUAUGGAUGGAACAGGAACUUUGAUGAUGAACCGUUUUAAUACAAAAAAAUCAAAGUAUGAACUUAAAAAGGAUGCGGCUAUGAAACGAGGUGAAUACGAAGAGAUUGUGAGGGCUGAUGAAAAAAUCUGUAUUCUAAAAUGGAAGGACAAUAAAUGUGUGUUGAUGACUUCGACAGCUUUUGGCAGUGAACCCGUAUCCAUUGUUCCUAGGUGGGAAAAGAAAUCAAGGUAUCCUACAUUUGUUUGA